AUGUAAAUUGAAUAAAGCAUUUAUAUUGAUGGAUAUAUUUCUAAAGAGCUAUUUGAAAUCUCUAAAUGCUUAGUAGCUAUCCCUGAUCUCAUUAAUAUCAAUGUAAAAUAAUAUUCCAUUAUCUUCUAGUCAACCUUCCUAAAUAUCACCCUAUUUACAUAUUCUGCUUAAUUAAAAAAUUAAAUCCCCUCAAAUUAAAAGUUGUAUAUUAAUUUACACUUAUAUCAAGUGAAAACUCACUAAACUUGAC